AGAGCCGAAGACCCGCAGCCCGCGCCGCCGCCAUGGUUAUGUCCCAGGGCACCUACACGUUCCUCACGUGCUUCGCCGGUUUCUGGCUCAUCUGGGGUCUCAUUGUUCUCCUCUGCUGCUUCUGCAGCUUCCUGCGCCGCCGCCUCAAACGGCGCCAGGAGGAACGACUGCGUGAGCAGAACCUGCGCGCCCUCGAGCUGGAGCCCCUAGAGCUCGAGGGCAGCCUGGCUGGGAGCCCCCCGGGCCUGGCGCCGCCGCCACCGCCGCAGCGCGGCCGCCUGGAGGCGCCGGCGCACGCGCAUCAGCACGUGCACGUACACCCGCUGCUGCACCACGGGCCCGCGCAGCCACACGCGCACCCGCACGCGCACCACCACGCGCUUCCCCACCCGCCGCCGCCGCCGCACCUGGCAGUUCCGCCGCGGCCCUGGAGCUACCCACGCCAAGAAUCUGACAUGUCCAAACCACCGUGCUACGAAGAGGCGGUGCUGAUGGCCGAGCCACCGCCGCCCUACAGUGAGGUGCUCACCGACACGCGCGGCCUCUACCGCAAGAUCGUCACGCCCUUUCUGAGCCGCCGCGAUAGCGCGGAGAAACAAGAACAGCCGCCGCCCAGCUACAAGCCGCUCUUCCUGGAUCGGGGCUACACGUCGGCGCUGCACCUGCCAAGUGCCCCGCGACCAGCGCCGCCCUGCCCUGCGCUCUGCCUGCAGGCGGACCGCGGCCGUCGGGUGUUCCCCAGCUGGACUGACUCGGAGCUCAGCAGCCGCGAGCCACUGGAGCACGGAGCUUGGCGCCUGCCGGUCUCCAUCCCCUUGUUCGGGAGGACUACAGCCGUAUAGAGGGGCGCCCGGCAUUUUGGGCCCCACCCUCGAACUCCUGGCCUGACUGCGAGGCUUUUUAAAUGCUUCCCUUGGAUCGUGGGGGGAGGGGGAGGGAUUUCUUACCCCGUUUGUUACAUUUUGAAGAUAAUAAAGGUGUGUGAUCUGG